GACUUCGCCAAAGCUCUGGCGGCAAAACUUCUGUCGCUGGGAGAGCAGGUGCUGCGACAAGAUGCUGAACUGAGGGAGCUGCGCCGAUCUGCCACUUCGGUGCCCCCGGAAGUUCACGUGCUGCGGGAGGAGAACGCCAUGCUUGCAGCUCGUAACCAGCAGGCCUUUGAGGAGGCAGCGGAGCUCUCGGCAAGGCAUGGGGCCCUCGAGUGC